CAUCACUCAUUCUUAGAGAAGCUACAAUCAUGAACACUAAGGUCUUCAUCCUUCUUGGUCUGGCAGCCGUCGUUGCUGCAGACAGUCCAGAGAUUUUCGCUUAUGGACCUCCUCGGGAUUCCUCCGAGGAGUCAUUCGAAUCUUUCGAGUCAGGAGAAGCCAAGUAUGACUUCAGUUAUGCCGUUCAGCACGAAGACUCUGGCAACGACUUCGGCCACGAGGAAGCCCGUGACGGUGAAGACACCCAGGGAUCCUACUACGUGAGGCUUCCCGACACCCGUCUGCAGAGCGUCAAGUACUUCGUGGACGGUGACGACGGCUACGUGGCCGAGGUGAACUACGAGGGCGAGGCUCGUUUCCCUGACUCCUACGAGUCUGCUUCCUUCGAGUCUGCUUCCUUCGAAUCCCGGGAGUACAGGCCACCAAGGCCAGUCUACACCUAUGGCUCCAACGAGUCCAAGUAAAUUCUCAGAUAUUUGAUCAGUGACUAUUUAAGAUGGACAAGAAUUUGGAUGUAAAUAUUUGAUUGCAUAUUUAUUAGAAAAUAUAAUGAAAGCACGAAUAAA